AUCCUGAGCACAGAUCUGCGCACCGAGCAGCAGCUCUGAUUGCGCUCAGCAUUCCGCAGCAAAACAACAACCAAGGCAUUUAUUUUUUAACGAAAACAAAGACCGAUAUGUGAUGUAUGGAAUGGCAGCGUUGAGGAAUCCAUCAACCUGACCAAUGUUACUCAGUUGGUCUCAAAUGGACUGAAUCAAAUCCACAGAAUAUGGACGGAAUAGGAAAUCAAGCAGGAUGUAUUGUCAUGUUACUGCUCCUUUUGCUAAGGAGCAUCCCUGUGUUGACGAUGCCACAGGAGAAAGAUGAGUGUCCGCCCGGGGAAUACAAAACAGAUAAAGGAAUAUGUUGCAACAAAUGCGCUCGUGGUUUUAAGCUGGCAGAUGAAUGUCAUUUUAUAGGGCACAAAAGUAACUGUGUACCUUGUGAUGCUGGUCAAUUCUUAGACGAGAUGAGCUUCUCCAAAAAUUGCAGAAGUUGUAAACGCUGCAAAGCAAAAAAACAUGAACAUCUGGUAUCGGCAUGUAAACCGGAAGCAGACACUAUUUGUCAAUGCGACGAAGGCUACUUUAAAUAUAGAAUUGACACAGAGGCAUACGACUGUCUCAGAUGUCGUACAUGUAAAACUGAUGAGAUACAAAAAAAGCCCUGUACACAUGAAAAUGACACCGUUUGUGAAUGUAGGACGAACUUCUUCAGAGUGAAGAAUACGUGUAAACCCUGCAGCAGUUGUACCCCGGAAUGCACACAACUCUGUUCAACUACUGGUGCGACAAAAGCUCCUCAUCCUUAUCCUGAUCUUACCGGUAUAAUUAUUGGAACUGUGGUCAUGGUGGUGGUCUUGCUGAUAUUGGGAAUUAUCAUCACCCACAUGGCUACAAAACGGUUUGUCAAGAAAAAGAUGCGGAGUCAGUCACUGUGUCUAUCUGAAGAAUCAAAGGAACAAAGCAAGGAUUUCCUGAUCAAUGCCAAAAGUCAUCCGGAGGAAAUGAGUGUGAAAACUGUCGUUGAAAACUCUUUGGGUGAGCAGGAGUUAUGCAAGCUGCCUGACUGUGUCCCGAUGAUCCCUGACCUUAUCUACACUGUGCUGGAUCUGGUUCCUGUGCACCAGGUAAAGCAGCUGGUUCGCUCUCUCGGUGUAACCGAUAUGGAAAUUGAGCAAGCAGAGAUGGAUCACAGGUUCUGCCGUGAGGCUCACUACCAGAUGCUACGGGUGUGGGCCCAGGGGGGCUCGCGGACAAUUGCCGGAGUAAAGGGUGAAACUGUUCACCAAUCGCUAUUAGAUGAGCUCUUAGACAAACUGAGACAGAUUCACCUCAACCGGGCAGCCGAGGAACUGGAGGCAAAGUAUACCAUUCAGUGAUAUAAACUGUGCCAACCUGCGGUUAUAAAAACAACACCUAUGAGACCAAGUAUUGUUCGAUAAGAGACCCUGCAAAGGAUGCUUUGAAACGGAGAUGGUGCUAAUUCACAGCAGUAGUUUUAUUUCACAGAGACAAAGAGCACAAUCUAUGAUCUUCAAAACCCUUCACUGUGACCAACAAAGAAAUGCUUGCUGCAAAUCAAAGACUGCAACAAACUGGGACAAAUUCGUUCAGCUUCAUCAAGAAGUAUUUUUGCUGUAGAUGUUCUAUUGUUUGAGAUUUAAUUUCGAUGGGAAGUUUGACAUAUGUUUAGUUCACCAACUAUGAGGAUAUAAUUGACCAAUAAUAGCACAAGGCUAAGAAACAACGGCAAACAGCGGGUCUCUCUCAAUAAAAACUAAUGUUGCUUUCCAUUUAUCCGAGAAAUCAGAAAUAUUGAGAAGCCCCAGUGUUUAGACAAUUUAUCUAGUUUUUCUGCAGAUUGGUCUGAAUUGGAACUCAAAGUCUUUAAUUUCAUACUUUGAUUGAAUCAGGAAAUAACCGAUUUGUGUUUUUUUCCCCCUUUUAGUAGCAGCAGGAUAAUAUGGUUAUCUUUUUACUAACCGACUUACUUUUGCAUCUUUGGAGUUAAAUCAGGCACAUUUACUAUAAUUUUAAUUGCAACGAAAGCAAAACAUUGUAGUUAGGAAACUGCAAGCAUUUCCACGAUAACAAACCUUUAUGUGUGAUAACAUUCGUUAUAAAGAUCUAAAUGUUUACCUGGUAUCAUUUAGCAUCAGAAGAGUUGACAGAGAAGAUUGUUGAGUUUCAAAAACUUCAAUGACGCUAUGUUGCAGUUUUUCUUUAAUUGUUAGUAUUUUCAUUAUGUAAUAGUUUAAAUUGAUUUAAUAGGUUUGUUAUUCAAUGUUGCACAUUUCAAGUUUUUUAUUGAAUAAUAUUGUUAUUUUACACAGGCUGCAAAAUAACAGGACGUUAUGCUGUGUUUAAACAAAGGUUUGGGUUGCAACAACUCCCUAUAAAUGUACAAAAGUUCUGCAUUUAGAUUUUAUUUUGAGAUGCACCAAUCACGCUUUAAGUGGCGGUUGGUUCUGAUUCAGUGGUUCGCCCCAUUUAAGUGAUUUAAAGCUGUUGGUUGAUGCAUCUACAUACUGAAGGGGGGUUCUUUUCUUUAUUUUUCUUUUGCAGAGAAAAUACUUUGUGAUCAAACCUUUUGUUAAAUACUUUAUCUGAAGUUAAAGUUUAAACAGCUUUUCUAAUAUCAAAGGGACAAAAUUAAGUCAUUUCUUAGUGAGAAUAUUAAUAGAUUUUUCACUUUAGUAUUGAUCUUUUGAUGAGAGUUUUGUAUUAGAGACAUUUUAUAUUUUCAGAUAAGACUUUGUACUAUAUUGCAUUUUCACAUAGCUUUAUUUUUUGUAAUGAGGACCUUAAUGGAUUUUCAUUCCUGUGUCAUUUAACUGUAGUCACCUAAGCUAUUUGUAUUAGUUUGUAGAUGUUUUUACUAUUUUGUAACAUGUAGAGUGUUUUUUUCCCCCUUUUUUAAGAGUUAAAUGUCAAAUAAAAAAGAGGAGUGGUUUACCAACAUAAUACAUCAAAGCUGGUAAUAUUUUCGUAGCAGUUCCCUGUUAUGCUGGAGAAGGGAAAAAAGUCAGAUCUACUUUAUUGUGAACAAUGAAGCCGGGGAAGUGUUUUGUUCCUCCUCAACAUACAGUAUACCACACUCUGUUGUGUUUUACAGUCUCUGCAGUGCCUCGGCAGCAUUCUUUUAAUCCCCAAUCAUACAAGCAUUAUUCAUGACACACCUUGUCUCAAAUCUUAUUCAGCUUUUAUUUUACUGCCAAUCAUGUAAGGAUCUUGGGACUGAAGAAGUGCAACUCUAAAAACUUUUUAUUUUCCAUUCUGCUUGACACUGUGUUUAACUGUUGUUUUUAAUAAAA